GCGAUUCUUGCAUAGCCUUCAUCUCUUCGCGUUGUUCCAGAAGAAGAGCCUCUCGUUUGAUUGCCCUCCGGCUUCCCUUUUUCUUCUCCCUUGGGAACGCAGAUCGCGCCAUCGUUGGCCACGAGUUUCCCUAUCGCGUGGAGCCGCAAGCCUCUUAGCGACGCAACUCACCUCACGCUCGCUCUCAGCCUCUCUCGCUCUUUUUUUCAUUGUUUUGAACCCCUUGUCAAACACUGUCUGAGCGCCCAUUCUCGGUGAGAGCCGCUCAACAUGUCGGACAAGAAGAAUGACGACUACGGCGUCCAGCUGAGAGACCUGGGCCGGGACCCGGAGAGCGGUGAUGGCAAGAUGCAGACGGCCUACUCGCGCUCACCGUCGCCGCGCGGCCACUCUGGCGGCUUCGACUGGUCCAAGAUCGACAACAGCCCCGGAGCCUCGGUGCUGGGUUACUGCCUGUCGUCCAUCAGCAUGACCGUCGUCAACAAGUACGUCGUGUCUGGUUCCUCAUGGAACAUGAACUUUCUCUAUCUGGCUAUCCAGUCCAUUGUCUGCGUGGCUGCCAUUCAAGCCUGCAAGCAGGCUGGUCUGAUCACCAACCUGUCUCCCUUUGAUCCGGAGAAGGGAAAGAAAUGGUUCCCCGUGUCUGUUCUCCUGGUCGGCAUGAUUUAUACUGGCGCCAAGGCGCUUCAGUACAUCUCCGUGCCCGUGUACACCAUCUUUAAGAACUUGACCAUCAUUGUCAUCGCCUAUGGAGAGGUGCUCUGGUUCGGGGGAAGCGUCACUCCGACCAUUCUGCUCUCCUUUGGCCUGAUGAUUUUCAGCUCCAUUGUUGCUGCGUGGGCGGAUGCCGAUGCCGCAGGCCGUUCGUCAAAGGCGUCUCAGGAGUUCAGCACUCUUCAAGUGGGAUACACCUGGAUGGCCUUGAACGUCAUCUGCCAGGCUGCCUUUGUCCUGGGCAUGCGCAAGGUCAUCAAGAAGAUGGGCUUCAAGGACUGGGACACCAUGUUCUACAACAACUUCCUGACCAUCCCGGUCCUCAUCGUUGGCUCCCUCCUCGUUGAGGACUGGUCCGCUGAGAACCUGGCCCGAAACUUCCCUGAGGAGACACGAACCAAGCUCAUCAUCGGCAUGGUGUACUCUGGUCUGUGUGCCAUUUUCAUCUCAUACUCGUCUGCCUGGUGCAUCCGUGUCACGUCCUCUACGACCUACUCCAUGGUUGGCGCCCUGAACAAGCUGCCCAUCGCCGUCAGCGGCCUCAUCUUCUUCGACGCACCCGUCACCUUUGGCAGCGUCUCCGCCAUCCUGAUUGGCUUCGUCAGCGGUCUCGUGUAUGCCUGGGGCAAGGUUCGCCAGGGCGAAAAGGCCAAGAUGUCGCUACCCGUGACCAACAAGCCCGUCAUGAGCGCCAGCUCCCAGAGCAACAACGACGCGUCAAAUGCGUAAAGCCGCCGAGCCCGGAUUAGGAACGAGAGAGGAAAUGAUGAUGAGCGACGGGUUGCCGGGACGGGGCGGGAGGCAUGCUGGGAGUUUGAGUAAUCAUGCUACUAUUGGGAAGUCAUAGAUCUUUUGUGGGAUUGUACUCUAGAAUUGCUUGAGCCUGUGCGUGAAAAGGUCGGGAAGGUUAGGGAUAAAUGAUGGCAGCAUCUUGUCACGAUGAUUUACGACGUUUCAGAAGCAUUCGAAUGAUUGUAUUUCAAC